CACGCACAUCUUACUCAGCUAGCUGUAACCGGCUAGCGAGUCUGUCGUCGAGUUGACACCCUCCUCCAAACCUCGGCAGCAGCGAAGCUGCACAGUCGACAUGGCAGAAAAAUAUUGCAACAGUUUUCUAAAGAAAGAUGAAAUACUUCCAAAUCUUUUGGAAUAAUAUUCAUCACGAGAUGUGAUACAAUAUCCACAAUGUGUGAAGACAUUUAAGAACGAUUGAGUUCGGGGAAAAAAAAUCUUGAUUCCAGUGGAAUCUUCCAUAUAUCUAUAUAAAUAAUUAUUAUAUAUUUUUUCUUUGUGUUUAUUCUUAAUUACAUUUAUAAACACCCACCCCAUCAAUAUACAACCAUGCCAGUGCAAGCACCACAAUGGACAGAGUUUCUGUUGUGCCCAAUAUGCACACAGACAUUUGAGGAGACUGUUCGCAGGCCCAUCAGCUUGGGCUGUGGGCAUACUGUCUGCAAGAUGUGCCUGAACAAGUUGCACCGAAAGGCCUGUCCCUUUGACCAGACAGCCAUCAGCACAGACAUUGAGCAGCUACCUGUCAACACAGCCCUGUUGCAGCUGGUGGGAGGCCAGGUUCCUAAGGUUCAGCCAGUUGCCUUGAUUACCAGUCCAGAGGAUUCACAGAACUAUGAGGUGUCCAGGCAGUGUGUGGAGGAACUGGCACUCUACCUUAAACCCCUCAGCAACACCAGAGGUGUGGGUCUGAGCAACACAGCCCAAAGCAUAUUGAGUCGACCCAUGCAGAGGAAACUGGUAACCUUGGUCCACUGCCAGCUGGUGGAGGAAGAGGGUCGUGUUAGAGCCAUGAGAGCUGCCCGUUCUCUUGGUGAGCGGACUGUCACUGAACUCAUCUUGCAGCACCAGAAUCCACAGCAGCUCUCCUCCAAUCUGUGGGCUGCUGUUCGUGCUCGAGGAUGUCAGUUUCUUGGCCCAGCAAUGCAGGAGGAAGCACUAAAGUUGGUCCUACUUGCUUUGGAAGAUGGUUCUGCCUUGUCCAGGAAGGUGUUGGUUUUGUUCGUAGUCCAGAGACUGGAGCCACGAUUCCCACAGGCCUCUAAAACUAGCAUAGGCCACGUAGUACAGCUCCUUUACAGGGCCUCCUGCUUCAAGGUUACCAAACGUGAUGAAGAUUCAUCACUGAUGCAGCUGAAAGAGGAGUUCCGUACCUAUGAGGCACUGCGACGUGAGCAUGACUCUCAGAUUGUUCAAAUUGCCAUGGAAGGUGGAUUGCGCAUUGCACCUGACCAGUGGUCUUCUCUGUUGUAUGGAGACCAGUCUCACAAGUCACACAUGCAGUCCAUCAUAGAUAAGCUGCAGACCCCAGCAUCUUUUGCUCAAAGUGUUCAGGAACUGACAAUUGCGCUGCAACGGACUGGAGACCCAGCAAACCUCAACAGGCUGCGACCCCACUUGGAACUACUGGCAAACAUUGAUCCCAGUCCUGAUGCUCCUCCUCCUACAUGGGAGCAGCUUGAAAAGGGUUUGGUAGCAGUGAAAACAGUGGUACACGGCCUGGUUGACUUCAUCCAGAACCACAGCAAGAAAGGAGCGGAUCCUCAACAGCCUCCUCAGCACAGCAAAUACAAGACAUACAUGUGCCGUGACAUGAAGCAGAAGGGUGGUUGUCCUCGUGGAGCCAGCUGCACCUUUGCUCACUCUCAGGAAGAACUGGAGAAGUAUCGUAAGAUGAAUAAGCGUCCGGCACCUCGCUCAGGGGGACUUUUGCCAGAUGAUGGCCUUAAUCUUGAUGUAGCAGCAACCCGGAAGCCCUCACCCCUUUCCAAUGGCAGUGGGGCCCCAACUUUGCCCCCUCUGAUUGCCCGUGGCACUGACCUCAAUCUCAAACCUAUUAAGAUGGAUGGAGGAAGUCCCAGUGGCCCAGGAUCGCCACCUGAUGUCCUGGACCCUGUAUCCAAAGCCGGUAUGCCUCUGCCACCUCAUGCAAUGGCCCACCCAAGGAUGCCAACAGAUCACCUCCCAGGACUGAAACAAAUGUCUGUGGUAUCCAGAGGGUCACCGGUGUAUCCCCAGGCACCACUCUCUGAUAUGUGCUAUGAGACUCGUCCACCACCUGCAUCUCAGUAUGAACCCCCACAGUACCCAACAGGGUACCCUUACCAACAGCCCCCUUACCCGGACCCUUACCCUGGUUAUGGCCCCCCAGAACGCCCCUACCAGCCCCCUCACUCAGGCCCUCCAUUCUCGUAUCAUCACCCUUCACAAUACGACAGAGGUCGCCAUGCAACCCACGGAAUCCCACCACCUCCUCCUCAGGCUUACCCAUCUCCAAGGGAUGACUUGGUCAGAAUGAGUCCAGCACCUCUGGAUGUUCCCCCACCAUCAGCAGGACGACCUAAUUCACUCUACCACCAGGAGCUAAGUGCCCGGGAUAGAUACCCACCAGAUGGGUACUAUCCACAAAGUGCCCAGCCUCCACCUAUGAGGACAUAUGUCAGGGGGCCAUCAUAUGGUAGUUCACAGCACAGCUUGGCCUACUUGCAUCAACGUCGACAGGAGCUGUUAUCCCAACUAGAGGAAAGGAAAGUCAUUUCCCCUCCACCAUUUGCUGCCUCCCCCACUCUUUCACAGUCCUUCCCCAAUGACUACCCUACCGAGUAUGGUGAUGAGAGCUCCAAAACUUUAGCCAAAUGCAGAGACCCUGACUAUGCAGCGCCAUAUUCCCCCUGGUCUUGUGAAACUAUUGGCUCAUACAUUGGCACAAAGGAUGCCAAACCCAAAGACGUUAUGGUCUCUGGUACCAUGGAGAUGAUGAAUGUGGAGGCUAAAGGUCUGAGGGAACCAUCUUUGGAUGCUCCUCGGAGAGGUGCAGAAGUAAAGGAUGAUGACCCUAUUAUUCCAUUUGGUCCCCAGCCCACUGUGUCGCGUUUUGGUGCCAUCUCUCGCACUUCUAAGACAGGCUACCAGACCACUGGCCCUGUGCAGGCCAUUGCCUCCACUUCCCAGAACCCUAACUCUAAACACAUUGCCAUGUCAGCAGAAUAUUCUUAUGGAAGUCAUGGCGGAUGGGGGGGAACACCAUACUCUUCCCACCAGACUGCCUCCUCUCAGGGACACUUUAGUGAGCGCCUUUCUAUGGCAGCCUCAGACAGAGAACAAUUAAAAAUUGAACUACAGCAGGUUAACCAGCAGAUCAACCAACAGACACAGAUGCACAGCAUGGAGCAGGCUGCCAGCAACUCUCUACUCCUGCAGAGAGAGGCCAGUGCAUUGGCAGGCCAGCCUGUGCAGCCCAGCCAGACUGCAAUAGCCACGCAGCAGCAGCAACUGGCCAAGUGGCCAGCUGGGGGCGCAAGUGCAACAGCUGUCUCCAGUGAACAGCUAAGCCUGGAGCUCCACCAGGUGGAAAAAGAAAUUGGCAAGAGGACCCGUGAGAUGGCUAUGCAGGAAAACCAAGUAGCUCAUGAUACUCAGCAUUAUAAGAUGAAAUCUGCAGAGAAUGGACAACCUGAGCACAAUACUCAGCUGGAAGAAAUGUCCCUGGCCCUUGGUGAUGUGUCCAACGGCUCCAGUGGGCUGCAAGAAAGCGCAGUGGGUGGGUCCAUGCUGUCUCUCACAAAUAAGACAUCUGCAUUGAGCAUGCGUUCUGAUCCAGGUGCCACUGGUUCGGAGAUGCAGAAAAAUGGCGAUGUCCAUUCCUGCUCUUAGGAAGUACACACUUACACACAUACACAUUUUAUACACACACACACACACACACACACACACACAACGCUCAGUUGAAAAGCAUGCACAGGCACACAUACACCCAUUCUAUUUAGAAGAUGAGCAGUAUCUGCCGUGAUGAAUUUUCUUUCUUUUUGUUCUGUGAAUGAGCUUUUUUUUUAAUGACUUUCCUUGCCUGGAAACCAGAGCAUAUGAUAACAUUUCUUCUGUGUGUUAUUUCUUAAUUUUUUUGUACUGGGAUUAGAUUAAUAAGACUCACGAUUAAUAUAUCGGGAAGAGAAAAUGAUGGUGAUGUUGACAGUGUUAUUAUAACUUGAUUCCAAAUUAACCUCGCUAUUCCAUCCUCACUCUUUAAAGUAGAGGCAAGUAUGGAUCCUCCCUUUAAAAAGCUGUGAAAGCAAAAAUGUAACUGAACGGUUAGAUACAAAGGUGCACAGACUAACAAGCACCAUUAUAUCAAAAUUCAAUCUGAAGAACUUCUGACAGUCUUAUGAUUUAUGAAGGUGUUGUAGAACAAAGCAAAUGAGUGUGGCCCAGGUUGUCACCCCCAAAAUCGUAAAGAGAGGUUGCCCAGAUCGAGAUGCUUGAGGAGGGAAAUGCUCAAAGUUUCACCUGUAUUCAGCCAAAACAGACACAUAAGGUGUUUCAGAAAUAGUGUUGCACCACAUGCAUUUUCUCACCUGCCACAGGAAGCCAGAUUUUUUUUAUUGCAUUUUAUGAACACAUUUGUCUGUUUCAUACUUGAAAGCAGUAUAUAUUUAAUUGCGGCAUUCUGUUUUAAAGAUUGCAACAAGUCUUUUGAUAACAAGCUUUCCAUUUCUAUAAGGGAAUCUAAUAGGUGCUUCUCUAGGUUGCGGUGUGACCCUGAUGAUGUUUGGUUGCAGCACCUUUUGCCUCAACUCCUCAGUGUGGUGCAUUUAGUCCAAGCCCAUUGUAAAAUAGUACAGGGGAAGAGAUCAGUGUAAACUAAAUGACAUCAGUGCUAAUAAGCAUUUCCCUCCUCAGAGCCUCUCAUCUGGCCACACGAAAGGCCUCCCCAUUGGGAUUAUCUUGUCAAUUGUUCUCCUAACUUCUAUGAAGUUGCCUUCCCUUGUGUUGUUUUUGUUUUAAUUAGAUUUCGUUUUUGUGCUUUACAUUGUUACGAUUUUGGGUGGUGCAACUUACCAAGUGAAAGCUUUUUUAGAACAUGGUUGUUGUUGUGUCCUCCUUUCUGUCAUGAAAUGGUCUCAUUUUGUGCAAAAGCCUGGACUUAACAUUUGCUGUAGAAAAGCUACUGUUGUAGCGUUUUUAGCUGCACAGUAGAUUUGAAAUCAUGUUUACAGCUGAAAAUAGCAGUGUUAGCUACUGAGAAGUAGGCGCAAAACUAUAAAAAUCCAUCUGUCCUUAAAUCAAACUUGAUAUUGGCCAAUUAGAUUGUACUGUGUAUAUUUAUGUCUCCAUUAAUGACUGGCACUGUUUGUAGCAAGCUGUCAACAUCACCACCAUGACUACAAUUGCUUUUUCUCCAUUAUAUAAAUUGUUUACUGCUGAUGCUCAACACAGAGCUCUUUGCCUUCUGUAAACAAUUAGCAUGAUUGGCAACAGUUUUACAGCUCUGCAAAGAGCAAGUGAGUCCUAUUAUUUGAACGGUUUAAACAGACGCUCUUGGUCAAUUUGGUUUAGUGUAAUGUCGAGCCUUCGUUUUGGUCAGUUAAAGGGCACUAAUAAAAUGACACUUUGACAAAUCCCUGAUUGAGUCAGUUAAAUAAAGACAUAUUUUGGUGUCUGACAUCCUCAUCUGGGUUUGAGGGGGAUCUCUUUCAAUUUGUCGGCACCAUGGAACGUUUCGGUGUGUGUGUUUUUCUUUUUCUUUUUUUUAUGUUUCCAUCCACACUUAAAGCCUCUGGCUGCUCCUUGCUACAUUUAUUGUUUAGGUACACAGCUCACUUAUACAUAUGAGUAUGUAUACAUACAUUAAUAUUACUAAAGCACUAUUAACGUGCCACCUCUUACUCAACUUGCUCAGCAUUUAUAUUAAAUGAUCUCUACUUAGAAUCGGCAAAAUAUUUUUUUUGUUUUUGUUUUUUUUCUGUCCACUGGUUGCCAACACAGACUUUAUCCUUUCCCAGACGAAGGACCUCUGUGUGCAUUGAUGUGUGUUCACUUAAUCUUUUGUGUUCAAACAAAGAUGUUCUAUAGACUAUGCUUCCGAAGAAGACAAAAUCUGUAACUUUGGAAAAUUUAUAUGGAGAUGUUUUGUGUGUGCUAGAUUGUAUUGUAGAAAAUGUUUCCUGACUUAUUGUCUUUUUUUUUUUUUUAUAAUUCUCCCACUCCCCUUAAAGUAUGCUGUACUGGGUGAUUGUGUUGAGGCUUUACAGCAGUGUACAGGAUUUUCUCCCCAAUCACUGCCUCCAAAAGAAAAAAAAAACAAAAAACAGGAAGUCUGAUAAAAGAUUAGCCUUAAAUCCUUUUCUAAUGGCCCGCUACAUUAUCUGUUCUACAAUAUCUCGUAUAUAUAAAUUGGCACUCACUUAUCCCAAUUUAGUCUUAAAGUGGACUGUAUCAGACCCUGACUGCCUUUUAUCUCAAAAAGGUCUACAAAAUGGCAGCAAUGCAAAAUCGUAAACAUUUUUCCCCUCUUCCAAGGACAUAUUUUUGACCCAGCAGUCUUUUGUUUUGCUUUAGUGGAGUGAAUUUACUGAUCUGCAAGUCUAAUGCUUCAUCAUACCUGAUGUGUAGACAACAGCUUUAAGAGUGUCUGAGUGAGAUUCACACAGUAAGUAUUUUUCUUUUUUCUUAGACAGCUAUUUACAUUGACCUGGCAGACCAACUAGGAAACUCACUGCACACGGAAUGGGGCUUUACUAUGAACUCACUAAAUUUAAUUGUGCUAACUCAGUAUCUUUUCUCACUCUUCUAAAUGUGAGUCAACCAAAUUGCUGCAGUGACUCAUCUGCCUUAUGGGUCACUGCAAGACUGAAUGAGCUUAAAAACUUGCAAAACUUUCAUUCAGUGAUGUAUGGGGGAUGUCCUAUAGUAAAUGGCUGAGAUGUUUAUUUCAGAUUUUUGUUUUUUUUUUAUUAUUUCCUUUUGUUUGUGAGUGGAGCUGCUGCCUAUAGCCCUCAAUAACAGUAAACCCCUUCACCUACACCCUUUACCACUGACCUCUGUUACUGCUGUUUGAGGUUCACAUUUUACUCCCAGACUUUCUGGGGAAAUUCGCAAAUGGCUUUUUUAUAUGAUUACACCCUUGUAAAAUAUCUCUUAAAUUAAGGUACAGGUUUGAUUUCAGCAAGAAAAAAGUUUUUAUAUGUAUAUUAUACUCCAUUAAGGAAUGUCUAGAAUUAUCUUCCUCCAAUGUGGAUGUAGCCAUUAUUACGCCAUUUUAUGACUUUGUAAGAGAAUUCACUGUGUGAAAAUUGGUUUGCAUUUUUGUAUAAUACAAUCUGCUUUUUUUUCCUUUUUGUUUGAUAUGAAAGGGAGGUCAAACUGGAAGUUUGAAGAAGAGAGAAAAAAACCCUGUGAAAUUGAUAAAACAAAAUGUAACUUAUGUGCAACAGUGAUUCUAAGCUGAGGGGGAAAGAUUAAAUGAUAUUGCUAACUCUGAA